AUGAUAUAUAUUCCUGGAUUAGUAGCAAUUGUGGUGUUCUACUUACUGAUCCUGUUUGUUGGUUUAUGGGCUGCAAGGAAAGGCAAACGCGAUGGUGCAUCUGGAACAGAUACAGAGGAAGUAAUGUUGGCUGGUAGAAAUAUCGGAUUGUUGGUCGGUAUAUUUACAAUGACAGCUACUUGGGUAGGUGGUGGUUACAUCAAUGGAACAGCUGAGAAUACGUACAAUCCAUCUCAAGGUCUUGUAUGGUGUCAAGCCCCUCUUGGCUAUGCUGUCAGCCUUAUAGUUGGUGGGUUAUUUUUUGCUAACCGAAUGCGUACUUUGGGUUAUGUCACUAUGCUGGAUCCAUUUCAACAUAAAUAUGGUGAACGUAUGUGUGGCCUACUUUUCAUACCAGCACUACUUGGUGAAGUGUUCUGGACCGCUGCUAUAUUGUCUGCUCUUGGUGCUACACUUGGUGUUAUUGUGGAUUUAAAUCAGACAGCAUCAAUUAUCCUAUCAGCUUGUAUUGCACUCGUUUACACGCUAUUUGGUGGACUGUACUCCGUGGCAUACACAGAUGUUGUUCAAUUAUUCUGCAUAUUUUUUGGUCUGUGGAUUUCUUUACCAUUUGCAAUGAUAAAUGAUGCAACAGUUCCAAUUACGCAAACUUGGGAUAAAUGGAAAGGUAGUGUUGAUCGAAUGGAUUCAUUUUAUUACACCGAUAAUUUGUUGAUGUUGAUUUUGGUGGUAUUCCAUGGCAAGUCUAUUUUCAGCGUGUGCUGUCUUCAAGAACUGCAAGUCAAGCGCGUAUCCUAA